AUUGACCUUUAAAGAACACCACAAUCUCAGAUUGUUUUACUUGGUUUACAGAGGCGGACCCUGCCACCAUCUCCAGCUUUACACAGUGUUCUGUGUUCUUGUUUAUUCACUUACGGGGGGAAAAAAUAAGUAUUUUUGAGAGUUUGUAUCAUUACCUCAUUAACACUGUAACUAUUAUAAUUCUACAGUGCCUUUUUUAAAAUCAUCAUGUCAGUACAAAUGAGCUCAUUUUGGGGACAACUGGGUUUCAUCAGAGAAGGUUUCCAGGCAUCCUGAGCAUCAACAUCAUGUGUAAAUAUAGGUCAGUAUUAAAUGCCCCCUUUUAAAAAUUAAAGCUGUAGAUUAGGAUGUCUUGGGACUCCCUCUCUCUCUCUCUCUCUGUCCAUCUGUCUCUCUCCCCUCUCUCUCCCUCUCUCUCUCUCAGUGACAGCCGUCAGAAACACCACCACGGGAGCUCAGAUCUGCAGCUUGAAAGAAUCCCGCAGCAGAACUCAUCUUCUCCUCCAACGCGAGGACGCACGAACAGCGCCGGGAUGCCCGAGGACAGCGCGUCUCUCUCCGCCCUGAUGGUUCACAGUGAGCGGCGCCGGGCUGAGUCCACUUCAGCUGCCUGAGAGGACCGCAGGACCGCAGGAGUCCACAGCAGAGGCGCGUCGGAGCCUGCAGGAGAGCAGCCGUGAGACUGAAACACGCAGGGCGGAGAAGAUGUGGAUGUUUCACAGCGCGGACGGGUCAAAGUGUCUCUUCUCUGUGUGGAACCAGUGUGUGUGUUACGCAGUGGUGGUGUGUCUGCUGUCCUCGCCCGUCAGGACGGAGGGUCCCUGCCCGUCGUCCUGCGUCUGUGCCAGAGACUCCGGGACGGUGAUCUGCGGGGAUGGGGAGGACGGUGAGGUGCCGGGAGACAUCCCGGAGUGGACGUCCACCUUGAUACUCAAGGGGAGCAACAUCUCAACUUUACAGCGCGGCGCGUUCAUGAGCAACGGCACAGAGUCGGACAUGACAACCCUCUCACUGUCCUACAACGGGAUACAGACCAUCGAGCCCUACGCCUUCCUGGGGCUCCCCAAGCUGCACCUGCUGGACCUGAGCCACAAUCAGCUGGAGUUUAUCUCGGCCCGGGCUUUCCACGGGCUGCUGGAGCUGCGCUCUCUCUACCUGAACGACUCUCUGCUGCCUCCGGCCGCAGCGCAGCUGCCCGGCGCGCUCAGCGCGGAAAGUUUGCGCAACCUGCACCGGCUGGAGUUGGCGGGAAACAAUCUGCGGUCUAUACCCCUGGUAAACUUCAAUUUCUAUAAUCUGCACGCGUUGGUGCUGGUCAAUAACUCCAUAGAGAGCAUCGGGAGGGAAAACGUCACCAGCUUCUACCAGCAAAGGCGCAUCCGCGUGUACCUGUCUCUGAACCCGUUCAGGUGCGGCUGUGAGCUGGAGGCGUUUUACUACUGGUUGAAGAACUCGUCCCAGUGUCCGGACGCAGGGCAACUCCUGUGCGCCGAGCCGGAGGCCAAGAGGGGGGUCCCCGUGGAGAGGCUCCGGGGGGAGGACGUGGAUUGUAUGACCGAGAACCUGGAGGCGGUCUCGUACGUGUUCCUCGGUAUUGUCUUGGCUCUGAUCGGGGUGGUGUUCCUCAUGGUGCUGUACCUGAACCGAGGAGGCAUCAAGCGGUGGCUCAACAACAUCAGAGAGGCGUGCCGGGACCAGAUGGAGGUCUAUCACUACCGCUACGAGCAGGACUCAGACCCGAGACUGGCCAACGUGGCUGUGUGAGGCUGACACAUCAGGACUCAGCUGUGUGGACGCACUUUUAUAAACCACUGUCAUCAUGUUCUGGGAACACAAGGUGAUGCUGCUUUAUAAUCUCCUGGAGGAGGGAGUGCACAAUGCAAAGGAACCUGCAGCAGAGGAGAGGGAGGCUGCAGCUGCCGAGGAGAGUGCCAUGUUCCUGCAAGGUGGACUGUCAUGUUUCAUCAUCGACUGACCACAUGGCAUAAGUUACUCCACCUUGUCUCCACUAGCAGCCUUUGAUCCUUUAAAAUAACACACGUGUAUCAUCUGAGCAGAAGGUCAGCUCGUCAGCAACGGGGGGCAGAAGAGGAAGAGACAGAAUCUAACCAUGCAUGUGAUUGUUGUAGGCGUAGAAAAACCAACCAAAACAUGAAUAAAAAGGUCGAAUAAAAAGAAAAAAAAAAAACCACGGUGAGUUGGCGGUGUUCUUCACGUCGCUGCCUUUUAUCGUCACUGUCAGGAAAUGUUGACUCCGCGCAGCGCAGAGGAAACGUUCCCUCGUCUGUGUGCAUGUUUGAAAAGUUUUGCAGAAUUUGCCAGAAUCAGGUGUGAGUGCACCUGCAGGGCGGCGUCUGGCUCAUCAGGGAAAAAAGGUUUUCGACCGUCUCAUCGGUUUCUUUUUUAAACCACCGAGGAGUGCGAGGCUGGCCGAGG